AUGAAGCAUCGCAUCACCGAAACGGAGAUUCAGCCCGUAAAGGGGGAACAGACCGCGCAGUUAAAUGGUGAAUUUAAACAAACGCAGUAUGAGGUCCAAAUGAGACGGGAAUUGAAAUCUCUGGAACACGCAGCGAAAGAGGAAGAAGAAGAGAAAAAAGGAAAAGAAGAAGCAAGAGAAGAGGAGGAAAGAGGGGAAUUUUCUCUUGUGGAGGAAGGGGAGGAGAUGCGUCAACGAAAUACCAGCAUUCCUGAACCCGUAUUCACCUUAUUCGCCUUUCUUGCUCGUCAGGGCAUCCACAUCAGCGAUCUCUUUCGUCGUCCUGGCAACAUCAGUCAAAUGAAGGUCAUUAGUUCAAGCCUGGCUAAAGGUGAAGUUGUAGACUGGUCCGCCUACAAUGUCUACACCGUUGCAAAUGUCGCCAAGCGCUUUCUCCUCAGUGUUCCUGGCGGCAUCUUCGGUGAACACAACGAGCGUCGCCUUCUAGUGGCUGCGGUACCUCCCAGCACCCCCCACUCACCCCAUCAACCUCCUUCUGCUUCCGGCGCUACCUCUGCUACGACCACUGUGCCAUCCGUACAGCACCGUCUUCCCAGCAAACUUCAACACGCUCCGGGCUUCCAGACCUCCCACGUGGAGGUGACAGCGGAGGGUAGUACUGGAAGGUUGGGGAAUGAAAGGGAGGGUGGAGGGGACGUCUUUGUCUCCUCCCUCUUCUCCGAUCAGACGGGAUUUCUCUGCGACUUUGGGAUGCUACCCCCUUCGCCUGUGGAAAUGGAUCAAAUCGAAUUGUUUAUUGAGAUCCUCGACACUCUGCCACCUCCAUGCCGCGAGUUGGCGAUAAUUAUUUUCGGCAUCCUCCACAGCAUGGUUCGCCACGCGGGUUUUGAGGUGACCACAGGCUGUCACUCCUGUACUCCCUCCACCCCUUCCCGCACCACCUUCCCCCUCCUGCAAGCUCCUCAAACCACACCGCCCGUAACUCCGCCUCCGCCUCCACCAAUCAGAACACUGGCUGAGGCUGUCUCCAAAUCUGUUGCUGGUGCCCUCCUUCACACCUGUCCCCUCUCCGUUGAUAUGGUCGAUAGAGGCGCUCAGAAGAUGAGGUUGCGACUGCGCCAACGCCAUUGCCAUCGUAGAGCUCCGAGUCCUGCGAAAUUGGGCUCCAGAAGAAUUGAGGCCACCGGCACCUUCUCCAUAGAGCUUGGAAAAGGUGAGGUCGUAGGUCGCACGGUCGAGGAGACGUCCACCGAUGCUCUGUAUUCAGGGGGACCCUCUGUCUUUGAUCUUCGCAAUUUGGGAGUCAGCCCAGCCUAUGCUUACUUCCUGCAUUUUUGCGCGGAGCCCUUCGGACGGCACUUUUCGUCUGUUGAAGAAGGUCAGGCAAUUGGGACUGUGACCGAAAAAAUACAAAACGUUUUCUCCUUCUUCUUGGGAAGAAAGCUGACACCGGUGAUUUGGUCAAAAGAAAGACAAUUUAAGGUCAACUUCCUCCCACCUCUACUCUCUCAUGAAUGGGAGGAGACGGAGGCACCGAUUCCUCCCAUCCUCCGUAGUUCCCUCACAUCCGAGGGAAGUAAUGUAAUGCAAACUCUGAUUCUUCGAUUCGCUCAUCUGGGAGACUCCAUAACCACUUACUACACGGACCUACUUCUGGGACGUGUGUGCUCAAACUCCUCCUCCUCUCCCGCCUCCACAGUCAUUCCCUCAAUGUCUCAGGUCGUUAGCAGCUUCAUUGUGCCUCCUAGUUCCACGGCUAGGAUAAAGAAAUUGAAGGGGAAAAAGACACUUCAAAAAGGCCAAGGUGUCGAGGAGGGAAAAUACACGCCACCAGUGGGCCGAAUCCUCGCUUUGGCUUCCCGACUGCUCUGUCUCACGAGAAGUCGUCUUGGAGGAGGAGAAGGUGAGCAGACCACCCAGGCCACCGCUACUGUUCCCUCCCUCGCCUCCACAACUCCCUCACCCUCCUCCGUGGUCAGCGCUUUACCACAACCACCGACGCCGGCAAUAACAACGAAGGCUGUAGGCGUGACUAAAGUACCCGUCACCGCAGCUGUUGCUGAAGCACCGUCGGUGGAGCCGAAAGACGUCGAUGAGGAGAACCAUGACUCCCCAAAAGAGGAAACUGAUGACUCUGAAGGCACGGAGCACACUCAAAUCCUUACCCGCUCCUACAUUCGACGCUCCCGCAACCGUUAUCGAGCCGUUCAUCGACGCCAAAUGGAGGCGAUGCUUCGUCGAACUGCAUGGUUCCUCGGUUCAAACGUCACCACUGCCACCGCGGUCACAGCUGCCACCACCACAACUGCCAGUACCGCCCCUCAAUUAGUCGUGACCUCGGCAGGUGUGCCGUACGCUCCCACUUCCACUCAAUCAUUGCUGGAGAUUGGAUUGCCACUGGAUCUAGAAGAACAGCGGCAACAAUUUCAGCAGUUGCCGCAUUCCCCUGAAGGUCUGGCAGUACCCUUCUACCUCAGUCCACUGCCUCGGGUCAGUGUGACAAGUAUUCACAGUGCACCAACUUGUCAAGAGUCACCUGCCACUCCUCGUCAAGUGGAUUCAGGGGAGGAGGGGGAAGAAGGGGAGGAGAUACAUGUGGAAGGCCAAUCGAGGAGCAUUCCACGACCCAAGUGA